GCAGAGGUUCCUGUUCUGAGAGAAUCCAGCCAGCGCUCCGGAGGUAUUUAUUAUGGACGUUGCUACCUUUGGGGCGACCAGUUCACCUUGCUCCGCCCAGUUUGUGAAGAACAUGAAUGCAAAGGAGUUCGCAGGGCGGUUUCCAGAGGCAGCGAGAGCGAUUCUAGAGAACCAUUACGUCGAUGAUUAUUUCGAUAGCACGGAGACAGUCGAGGAAGCAGUGAAGCUGGCGAAGGAGGUAACGUUUGUUCAUUCAAAGGGCGGCUUCGAGCUUCGAAAUUGGGUCUCUAGUUCAGAGGUGUUCCUGCGAGAAAUGGGGGAGACAAAAGAAAAUCAAUGUGUUCAUUUUAAUCAAGACAAGGAAACAGGGCAAGAAAGGGUCUUGGGAAUAGUGUGGAAUUCAGUAAGCGACGAGUUUACGUUCUCAGCAAGGUUACGUGAAGAUUUGCUGCCGUACCUGAUAGGAGAGAGGCGGCCCACGAAAAGGGGGGUCAUGAGCUGCAUCAUGAGCUUGUUCGAUCCCAUUGGGUUUUUGGCUUCCUUCACUAUUUAUGGAAAAAUGCUUAUUCAAGAUCUUUGGCGCAGUGGAUGUGCCUGGGACCAGCAGAUCAACGACGAGUGUAGCGAGAAAUGGAAUCGUUGGGUCGGUCGGCUUCCAGAAAUCGAAAGAGUGCGGAUCCCUCGUUAUCACUUCACGGGAGGAUUAUCUGUGGACUACAGUACGUUGCAACUACACGUUCUUGUCGAUGCUAGUGAGAAUGCAUAUGGUGCUGUUGCAUAUUUCCGUGUCAUGACUGCUUCUGGUCCUAUUUGUUCGCUUGUGAUGGCACGUUCCAAGGUUGCACCUUUGAAGCAGCUGUCAAUUCCGCGCCUGGAACUACAGGCCGCGGUACUAGGUUCUAGAUUGCUAAAUUCCAUCAUCGAUAACCAUUCCGUAGAGGUGAAACAGCGGUUUAUUUGGACAGAUUCGAGGACAGUACUUUCUUGGAUCCACUCGGAUCAGCGACGCUACAAGCAAUUCGUUGCUUUCCGAAUUGGUGAAAUCCUUAGUCUCACGAAGCUCGAUGAAUGGCGGUGGGUUUCCACUAGAAACAACAUCGCUGACGACCUAACCAAAUGGGAUCGAGGACACAAUCUAAAUUCGAACGGUCCUUGGUUUCGGGGUCCACAUUUCCUGUUCCAUCAGGAAGAUUCCUGGCCAGAACAGAAGCGCGUAACACCGAAUGUGCCUGAAGAGAUACGUGCCCACAUACUGUUCCACGACAUUUCACUGUCAGAACCUGUAAUCGAUCCGUUGCGUUUUUCAAGAUGGAAGGUCUUAGUUCGAACGAUAGCCUGCGUCUACCGGUUUGUUUCGAACUGCAAGCGAAAAAAGGAAGGAUGGGCCAUCGAAGGUGUACCAACGACCGAUGCUCUCAAGAGAAAAGUAAAGGCAAAAAUUGCAUCUACGGUAGUUCCUUUGCAACGAGACGAAUACCAAAAAUCAGAAGCAUAUUUGUGGCGAUUCGCACAAGCGGAAGCAUACGGGGAUGAGGUGAAAACUCUCCAGAAAAAUCUUAAAGUGGGGAACGAGAAACAACGACAGCUGGAAAAAUCGAGCAGUCUAUACAGUCUGAGCCCAUUCUUGGAUGCACAGAACGUUCUUCGGAUGGAAGGGAGAACCGCACAAGGUACGUUCUUACCGUUCGAACUACGUUUCCCAAUUAUACUCCCUAAAGGACAUCCAGUUACCGUUAAACUUCUGGAACAUUAUCAUCAGAGAGUGGCACACGGCAAUCAAGAAACGGCGGUAAAUGAAAUACGACAAAGGUUUUGGAUUCCCAAUCUCCGAGCGGAACUCAAACGUAUUUCAAGAGCUUGCAUGCGAUGCAAGGUGAGGAAAUGUGAGCCAGGUCAUCCGAGAAUGGCUCCUCUUCCGAUUUCGCGGAUCUCGCCUGGAUUGCAGCCGUUCAGCUACACAGGGGUGGAUUAUUGUGGUCCAUUGACUGUCUCCGUCGGGCGCAGAUCAGAGAAAAGGUGGAUUUGUUUGUUCACGUGUUUGACGACGAGAGCUAUUCACAUUGAGGUUGCUCAUAGUCUGACGACUCAAUCGUGCCUGAUGGCCAUACGGCGAUUCGUGAGCUACAGAGGAGGUCCUCUUGAAUUCUUCUCAGAUAAUGGGACGAAUUUCCAUGGCGCCAGCAAAGAAAUUGUUAAGCAGAUGGAGAUUAAUUGUGAAGAUGUGUUCACCGAUUCGAGAACCAGAUGGAAUUUCAAUCCGCCUUCCGCACCUCAUAUGGGUGGGGUGUGGGAGCGAAUGGUGCGCUCCGUUAAGACGGCGUUGAAAGCGUUGGAUGAUGGCCGCCGAAUGACGGACGAAGUACUCCUGACCGUGUUGGCAGAAGCGGUGGAUUUAAUCAAUUCUCGGCCACUGACAUACGCUGGCCUGGAACCUGAUGCAAAGGAAGCGCUAACACCAAACCAUUUUGUUCGCGGCGUAGGACUAAUGAGUUCUGAGUCGUUUAUCAGACCUACCAAUGAAGCAGAGGCACUGCGGGACAGCUUCAAGCGGUCACAGUUUUUGGCUGAUUGUUUGUGGAAACGAUGGACUUCUGAGUAUCUCCCGACGAUCAAUCAUCGCAGCAAAUGGCACUCUGAAAUGCCUCCUAUUGCAAAAGGUGAUCUUGUGUAUAUUGCGGACGAGAAUAUCCGAAAGCAUUGGGUUAGAGGGGUUGUAACCGAGGUAUUCAGUGGUGCUGAUGGUAGGAUCAGACAGGCUUUGGUGAAAACAGCAAAGGGUGAGUUCAGGCGGCCGGUGGUGAAGCUUGCGGUGCUUGAAGUCCAGGGUCGUAAAUCUACUGCGGCUGACGCUUUCGCACCAGAGUUACGGGGAGGGGCUAUGUACACACCGCUACGCACAGUCGACUAAGGCCUACCUGCAUGAGUUAACCAUCUUGCGACGAAAUGUCAGAAAAGGCACCAGAGUGAAUAAAAACAGUAUAGAAAGGAGAAAAUAGAUAAACAAAAGGCAAACGGAUGAAUUGAGUUGGAUAGUUUUUGAAAGUGUAUUGAAAUUUACAGAGAAAUCGUUAGAAUUUCUAAAAGGAAUUUAUUGCCGCUGAUAGCCAAAUAACUGCUGGAUCCUGAGAGACCUGAAAAAAAGAAAAAUAUUGUAAAAUUAAUAAAGAAACUGUAAAAUGUAAGUAGAACCUGAAAAGAAAAGAAAUGAGAUUAAUUAAAUACAUAAAAUUUCAGUUUCAAGCUGCGAAACAAGAAAAUUGCUGCUUUGAAAAUUAGUUUGUUGUGACGACCCCGAACAGCCUCCAUAAAUUCGGGAUUCAUUUGAGCCAUUUUUUUAGACGGAA